AUGUUGUCGAGCAAACUAAAAGUUUAUCAAUAUUGGUUCCUCACCGGCGGGUUUCCCGCUUUGGCAGUGUCCAGCUCGUCGUUGGGCCUUGAGCUACAGCAACUCAGUCCAUCGCCUUGGCCACUGAGACUAUCAUCUAAGCACAGCCUCCCUCCAUUUUUGUUCGCUCAGACUCUCACCACUGCUCCAACAAACUCGGAAGUUUUGGUCAACCUUAACUUCACGUCAUUUUUCAGAGUAAACUACGAUCCUGUAACUUGGGUCAAUAUUUUCAGUCAAAUUGAUGAAAACCCAGCGCAGUUUUCUGCCGUGGGUCGGGCUCAGCUGGUCACCGAUUUCUGCUAUUUUUACGCUCAUGAUCAGGUGGAUCGUGGUACGGCGAUUAGGGAGAUAGUAACUGAUAUGGUAUGUAGUUGUUCUUCAUAGAG